AUGGGUGGUUAAUAAUAACAAACAACUUUACACAAGCAAGGAUAUGGUCCUGAUUUACAAAAAUAUAACGGAAAAAGAUUGCUUGUAUAUUUAAACGCAAGAAGAAGAGUAUAAGGAACUGUUAAGGGUCACGAUAAUUACAUGAACAUAGUCCUUGAUAAUGCUCAAGAGAUUAUUGGAAAGGAUAAAUUUGUCAAUAUAGGAAAAGCUGUUAUUAGAGGAAAUUCUAUUAUUCGUUGGGAUUGUUUAGAACUUAUUUGA